UUUAUAUUUCAUAUUAUUAUCAUUUUUUAUAUUUUGAACUGUUCCCAGUACUAUAAUUGACCCGCGCUUCGCUGUUCAAGAGAUAAUAAAACUCUAGUAUUAAUUUAUUAAUUCAACUUUUUCAUUUUUACAAACAAUCAUUAAAGAUUCAUUGACCUGUGUAUCAGUCAAGAGAAACAUUAAUAUGGAUAUAUUGAUCUGUAAUUUUCAAUGCAAAUUGAUGAUGUGAGUGCGGAAACGAAGACAUUCAAGGAUUUGUUCAACAGCACAUCCUGCGCGAAACCACCCUAUGUGUGCCCGCACCCACAAAUUGAAUUUUAUUUGUACACAAGAGACACGCAAAAGAAACCAUUUCGCUUAGACGUUCGAAGAUUUGAGUCCCUUCACUAUUCUAAAUUCAACAAAUCUCAUCCUACGAAGAUUAUCAUCCACGGUUUUGGAGGUGGAAGGAAUUUAAUACCUAGUCCAGAUCUUCGAAGAGCGUAUUUCACGCGAGGCAAUUACAAUAUUAUAAUCGUCGAUUACGGUUCGUUGGUACGCGAGCCCUGUCUGUCACAAAUACAAUGGGGUCCAGAUUUCUGUUCGCGAUGUAUUGCUCAAUUGGUAAGGUACUUGAGGGAUCAUCCUCGGGGAACGAAAGUGGAAAAUAUACACGUACUUGGGUACAGUGUAGGAGCACACAUUGCUGGCCUGAUUGCCAAUUAUUUGCCCGAUGACAAACUUGGAAGAAUUACAGGAUUGGAUCCUACUAUAUUCUUCUACAUGAAUGGAAACCGGUCGAUGGAUUUAGACGAUACGGAUGCUCAUUUCGUCGACAUUAUCCACACGGGUGCCGGGAUUUUGGGCCAAUGGGGGCCUACAGGUCACGUGGAUUUCUACGUGAACGGAGGCUCCAGUCAACCAGGAUGCGCAACUACUUCCUUGCUUCAGACGCUUUCAUGCGAUCACACCAAAGUGACCCCGUAUUACAUAGAAUCAAUUACGACGAAAGUCGGAUUCUGGGCAGCUCCAUGCGGAAAUUUAUUCUCCUACCUCAUCGGAUGGUGCAAUCCCAAACUCGAAGAAUAUAUUCUCAUGGGAGAAGACACCCCUCAUAUAGCACGCGGCAUCUAUUAUCUAUCAACAAACGCAGACAAACCAUACGCCCGAGGCCUCCCCGUAAAAAGUCAACAAACGACAAACAGGAAACGAUCGUCCUACCGCCAGUAUUAAGUCUACUGAAACAACUGAUUAACAUAAUUAUAGAAUAGCCAAUUCCUAAUUUAGUCCUAUACAUUCUGUUAUGUUUGUCCUUGUUGUUUCGUUGUAUAGUUUCUAUAAUUAAUUCUUAAGUUACUACGCAACCUACCGUGGAACCUCCAUAACCCAACGAUUGUCGGUGAUUAAAGCUUUUGUUGCAUUUGAUUGUAUCGUCAUAGCGAACCAAGAACUUUCACCUUUCUCAUGGUGAUCUUUCUAUCAAAUCCUUCAUCGUUUUGUGACAGUGUUGCUUCUUCAUCGUUUGUAAUUGGUCGAUGUUAUAGUUGUACUUUUAAUGCAGUGAAUCUUGUUGUUAAUUGUGUUUAAGGAUGAAAAGAAUGAUAAUGUUAAGUUUAGAGGUAGUAUUUAUACAGAAAAGGAGAUUUAUUUGUAAUUCGUAUGAAUAACAUAGAAUUACGUAUAAUGAAAUUAAUAAAUUUCUAAAAUAAAUAUAUUAUGAAAAAUAAUAAGAUGAGUUUGCUGAAAAAUGUAAAUACUUGAAGACGAAAUGUUAAUGCGAGACUACUUAAAAGGUGAACUUGUAGAAAAGCUACUCCCCUUCCGAUUUCAACGAUUUUUGAAUAUGUUGUAAAAUUCGUCAUUUUAAGCAAUUUUUUCCGCUAAGCUAUAUAUCGGAUUCGAUUAGUUUGCGAGAUAUUCGCGAAAAACUAAGUACUACUACAUUGAAUUUCGUAUACGUCCGCGGCUGUAUGUGCGUCAGCAAGCGACCCUCGCUUAUCUACUGUUUCUAUCAACAGCACCAUAAUAUGGCCUGGCUACCGUCCAUAUAACGGGUCAGCUUAAAAUCAAAAUUAACUACUAAUUUCAAUAAUUUUGACAUCGAAUUUGCCUGAAGGCGGCCGGAAUAUUACUGUGCCCUAACCUAACCUAAUCUAGACAUCAUCAUUAUCAUCAUAUUAUAACGCAGAAACAUGUCCGUGAGUUACGCUGAGACGUUGUACGCAUGCUCGAAAACAAGGCAGAAAAAUAUUAUAUGUGUACAGUAAACCUACCCAAGUGUUUACACUCCGAUUUUGAUGGGCUUUGAAUAUUUUGUAGUCCAGGUCAAAAUAAGAAACACAUAUUUUUUUAUACGUGCCCCUACGGCGAUUAAAGAGGUGAAACACCAUCUUUAAAAAAAUCGGUUU